AUGUGGACAGUAGGGUUAGAUUGGGACGAGGAACUAGACAAUGAUCUGAAAGAGAAAGCAUAUCAGUGGCUUAUGGAACGGGAAGAUUUAAUACACAUUCAGGUUCCAAGAUGUUUGCGUUGUAACAAGGUCAAAGAAACUAGACUACACAGCUUUGUAGAUGCAUCUGAAAAUGCAUAUGGUGCCAUUGUGUAUGCUGUGAAUACUUACCAGAAUAAUGAAAUCUCCAGUGUAAUCAUUGCUGCGAAAGGACGAGUAGCACCACUGAAAGCUAUUAGCAUUCCACGCAUGGAAUUAAUGGCUGCUGUGACUGGACUCAGAUUAGCUGUUGCAAUAGCAAAGGUUUUGGACGUGUCGAUUGACACGGUUACAUUUUGGACAGACAGUUCAAAUGCUUUGGGGUGGAUAAAGAACCAUAGCCGAACAUUCAAACCAUUUGUAGCAAAUAGAGUUAGUGAAGUUCAAGAACUGACUAAUCCGUGUCAGUGGCGGUAUGUGCCAACAGACCAAAAUCCAGCAGAUAUGUUGACUAGAGGAAUAGCUGCAUCAAAGUUGAUUGACAAUCAGAUGUGGUGGUCAGGACCCCUUUUCCUGGCUAGAGAUGAAAGUGAAUGGCCCAGAAAUCUGUCUGAAAGAGAAGACAGAAGGAAAUGUUUACCAGAAACUAAAACUCUGAAGGAAAACAAGAUAAUUACCAUGUUAGUGAACGACUCGUCCUGUGAAGAGUGGAGACUCAAAGCUACACGAUACUCAGAUUGGAGAAGACUGACAAGAAUCCAAGCAUGGGUAUACAGAUUCUUGAACAACUGUGUUGAAGGGAACCUUAAAAGGAUUCAUGGAGAACUGACUGCAGAAGAAAUUGAAACAGCACAGUUCAAGAUAAUAGCACAAAUGCAGAGAGAAGAAUUUCCAGAUGAAUAUUCCUGCCUUGAAAAGGGAAAACCAUUACCAUCUAAUAGCAAGCUGUUAGGACUACAACCCAAGCUGGAUGAAGAUGGAGUGAUGAGAUCGGAUGGACGAUUGGCUUAUGCUGAGCAUCUUUCUCAAGAUUCAAGGUUUCCGAUCAUCUUGCCGCGAAGAAACUGGAUCACAAGAUUGAUUGUGAAGUCUUACCAUGAGGAAGGACGUCAUAUUACAGGAACCAAUCAGACAUUAGCAGCACUUUCUGCAAAAUUUUGGGAUCCUUUCUGGCAGAGAGGAAAUUAG